GUCUCAAUUCAUCUCGAUAUUUGCAUUUUUAUUAAGCGAUCGAGUUUAAAGAUGGCCAAGCCCGUCAUCCUGCUCAUGGUUGCCCUGCUUCUCUGCUCCACCCUAACCUAUGCUGCACGUCCGGAGCCUGCCUUUUCCGAUAAUUCUCCAGCAAAAACCCACCUUGAGGAUGAGCCCGUCGAAGAGAGCUGUGAAGGAGUUGGAGAGGAAGAGUGCUUGGUGAGGAGGAGUCUUGGAGCUCAUCUUGAUUAUGUCUAUACCCAGAAGCACAACCAGCCAUGAUUUAAUUAGCAGCAAAGUUACAUAUAUAUAUGUAUAUAUAUAUCUAUGAAUUUAUGUGGUUGCAUAAUUGCAUAAAUUAUAUAUAGUAGUUAUAUAUAUAUACAAGAUUUUAUAUGUCCUCUUUCAAUUUUCUUGUUGAUUGCAUUUUUUUUUUCCUUUUUUCCUGGAAUGCUUGUUUCUUA